AUGAGAAAAAACGAUGCCGUUUAAUUGAAAAUUGAAACGGUGCGUUUGGUUGAAAAGGACAAAGUGUCUUCUUCCCCUUCUUUCUCCUCCUCUCUCCUCUAUGGGUGCGUUUCCUUCUGCAACUCCAACCGAAACCCUAGCCCUGCUAUUUUCAGUUCUUCACGGAAAUUUUUGAAUUUCUGCAAUCCCCAACUCCUCUUCUCCUUUAGUGUUGGCUUCUUCCCUCACAUUCAAACUCAAAUUCAUCCAAAUCAGAUGCAAAUCCGAUGAAGCUAUCCAUCACAACCCCCGAGUGCGGCGGCUGCAGUCUCACGGACCGCUGGUUACUCCACCACGUCCGCCACCGCGGCAUCUACAGGCGCCUCUGCACCUCCUGCGUCCUCAAACUCCAUCCGGGCUUAUUCUGCCCCAUCUGCUUCGAAUUCUACGACCCUCCUCCCUCUCCCCACCUCCGCUCCCUUUGCCAGAAAUGCCCUUCCAUCUCUCACCAGCAUUGCGUCGCCUCCCAUUCUGAUUCCAUCGUCUGUCCUCCAUGCCUAAACCCUACUUUCUCCUUCUUCGAUCCCGCCCGCACACCCAAAGAUGCCCAAAACCCCCAAUCCGAUCGCCGCUACAUCGAUCUAAACUCCGCCAAGGUCGUUGCUUGCGCUGCUAGGAUUUCGUUUCUGACCAUGAGGAAGGCGGCGGUUGCCUCCAGGGGUGAAUCGGAGAGGAGAGUGAAAGAAGCGGCCUUCGCCAAGAAGAGAGCGAGGGAGUCUCUGCAACACGUUGAGUCUAAUGCAGCCAAGGAGAAGGCGAGGUCCGUUGUUGUAGACGCCAAGGACAAGAUUGGUAAAGGAAAUUGCAUUGUGGGUGGCGUGGGAGUGAUCUUGGCUGAGCGUGAUCGUUAUCCCAAUGACGAUAGAGACGAUGGGCUGGAUAAUUCUUGUGAGGUUUCUGCUAAUUUGGAAGACAAAGAGAGAAUGACAGGAUUUAGGGCACAAAGCAUAUCGAAUGGUGUUUCUAUGAGCACUGACGACAAGGAGAGGGGAAGAGUGAUUGCUGGCUCGGGCAUGGGACGGCCAUCUCUGCAAAACAGUGCUAGUGUGAAUGAGAAAGAGAGAUCAGGGGCUUUAGCUCAUUACAACGGAUUGGAGGAUAAGGCAAACAAGACAGUUCCUUUUGUGGAAGGGCAUUUCCACCAUUUGCAAGGCAGAAAUAGUUCACAAUGAUCAAUCAUUUCUUCCACAGAUUAUGCCACCAUGAUGGGAUGAUAUUCCAGGAUUACAUUCUGGAGAUUGUGAGCAAAUGCCAGAUAUCUUGUGAGAAAAAUGCCAGAUAUUUUGUGUGCAUUGUUCCUUCCGGAUCAAGGGAAAUUUUCCUAAUAUAUAUCAUUUUCCAAUUCAGCUUGGUGCCUGGUCUCAUGUGGGGUUCAGUAACAUCAUAUGAAUGUGUAUUCUAAUUGUCUCAAGCUUAGUCAAAUUGGAUGAUCUGUGCUCAGUUGUACCUUUAACUUUACUAUAAGAAUUUCUUUCUUCUUUUCUCCUUUUUUGUUGCUUAUGAACACUGAUAUCAUUCUUUCUUAAAUGAAGAAGCAUUGGCACUUAUUCAAA